CUCUAAUGAUGUGACAUGUGAAAAUUGCUUUACUUGCAGACGUUACUUUGAAAAAUGAAAAUUUAUGUUUUGCUUUUCCUAGCUGUUGUGGUAUACAAGGAGAUAUCUUGUAGUUAUAUUAAAUCCAGCAAGUAUUCAACCAGUUCUUCACCAAUUCACAGUGACGAUUUUGGUAGAUUAUGGAAAACAAGAACAGAAUGGAAAUCUCACUGGGUAAAAGAAUGGCAUAUAAAAAAGAUUUACGUACCAAUUUGGAAGAAAGUUUGGACGCCCGUAGAAAUAAAGGAAUGGCUACCACUUCCAAGUAUAUCUCACAAAUAGAUCCACUUUUGAGUAGUAUUACGGCGUAUAAUUGUACUCUUUAUACUCUUUUUACUUUUAUGGAAUAUAAAGAAAAACAUUUAAAAUAAUCCUUACUCAUAAAUAAUUGCCAUUGUAAGUUAACCAGUUCAUUUUAUAAAAUGCAUUUUGAAAAAAUAGUUUAAUUUCCUUUUUACUCCAGAAUGCAAAGUAUAUUUUUUGUCUCUGUAUUCGUGGAAAUAGAUAUCUAUUACAGAAUUAAUAAUUUAGUACAUCAUCAAUCAUAAUUUAUUAUAAUAAAUAAAGGCCAUAUUACAUUCAUCUAUAAAUAAUCAUUUUAAUAUCUAAUGUUUAUUAUACAUACACAUAAUUACCACUCUCUCAUUUGAAUCCGAUGUUGUAAUGAAAAUGGACUGGCUAAUCUAAUAACUAUUAUACUUUAAAAGUAAUAUUUUAAUAUACCGGUGUUGUAAACUGAUGCAUUAUUACAAUUGUGAUAAAGCACUAUAUUUAUUUAAACUAUUUAUUUUUUUGUUAAUUUGUUAGAAAAAUAUUACAAUUAA